AUGCAAUUGUUAGGCGUACUUGUUUUUCUCGCCAAUCUAAGUCUUUGUAUGCCUCAUGUUCGUUCUACUAUGCACACGAGUGAACAAGCUUGGAUGCGAAUGUUUGUUCAAAACAGAGAUAAUCACGGGUGUGAUGCAAUCAUUCCUAGUUGUGGUCCGAAGGGUCAAUGUUGUGAUCGUCAUGACGAGUGCUAUAAGAGACAUGGUUGCCGUUCUAACAGUUGGGGCUGGUCAUGGAUACCAGGUGUAGCACUGUUUGACUCAUGUGCUCGAUGUAAUAAAGCAGUUUUAUUUUGUGUUACGAAUAUAUUUGUAUGGCCCGGGCCGAGUGAAUGCUGUGGAAAUGGAAAUUGUGGACAUAGCAGACAAUAA